GUGGUUUCUCUAUGUAUACAAUAAACGAUUGCGGUAUGUAGGUUAUCUUGUUCAGAAUUUAAAUUUCUUAGAAUUUCACUUAAUUCAAUCAAAUAUUUAGUGCAUGAUAAAAUGGAUAAAGUUCCACCAAAAGGUCGUGGAGCUUUACUUGCUCGAAUUGCUCAAAUGCAAAGGGAGAAAUCUGAGAAACAAGUAGGAAUGGAGUUAACAGCUGAUCCACCAACAAAACCAAAAGGCAGAGCAGCCCUACUCCACAAAUUGAAAGAAAAAAAAGCUGCUACACCUGGAAUGAACACAAUACCACAGCCUGAAACUUCUGCCUUAAUAACUACACCUGGAACGAAGACAGUACCACAACCUGAAACUUCUGCCUUGAUAACUACACCUCUUCCAGAAUCGUCAAUUUCCGAAACAGAGGUAAAAGUAGAUUUUAUAACUAAAGCCACAUCAGAAAUUUCUUUUGUUGAGAAAGAACCAGUGCAUUUUAAAGGAGAUUCUGGUAGAACUGUUAAUUUGUCAGUGAAUUACAUAAAAUUACACCUGCAAGAAGAUAGAGGAGUAUUUGAAUAUGAAGUCAAAUUUGAUCCAGAGCUAGAUGCAACCAAUAAAAGAAUCAGAGCAACGAAUAUUGUUAUGAAAGAGUUAAAUUUACCCAAAGUAUAUGAUGGAGGCAGUAUUCUCUAUCUUCCUCAAAAAAUCACAAAUACUUUCAAAACAUUUUCUAUUAAUAUACCAGGUGCAGACGGCGAUCAAGCAGUUGAAGUGAAAAUUAUUUAUAAAAAACAAAAAAGCUUAUCGGAACGUGAAUGUAUUCCUCUUUAUAAUGUUCUCUUCAAACGUAUUAUGUAUAUUUUAUUGUAUACUCCAAUGGGUCGUAAUUAUUUCAAUACACACCACAGAUACUUGAUACCCCAACACAAGUUAGAAGUGCUUCCGGGUUAUGUUAUAUCAGUUAAUGAAUUGGAAGGUGGAUUAAUGUUGUGUCUCGAUACACAACAUAAAGUAAUGAGAACACAAAAUGCUUAUGAACUUUUGAAAGAACUAAGGGCAGCAGAUCCUAAAAAUUUCAAGCAACUCGCUACAUCAAGUUUGAUAGGUUCCUGUAUAUUUACUAAAUAUAAUAACAAAACGUAUACAGUGGAAGAUAUCGCUUGGGACAUGUCGCCACAGGAUACUUUCCCCACCAGAGAUGGAAAUAGUAUUUCCUUCAUCGAUUAUUACAAAAAGCAGUAUGAUAUUACCAUAACGGACUUGACUCAACCCCUAUUGAUAAAUAGAAAAAAUGUUAGGGUGUCUGGUUCAGCGGAAAAAGUAGAGAAAAUCGUUUGUUUAGUGCCCGAAAUUAGUUAUCUCACAGGACUUACCACCUCCAUGAGAAAUGACUUCACAGUGAUGAAAGAUAUAGCACAUUACACAAGAGUCACACCAAAUCAAAGAGUAGCGGCUCUACGGAAAUAUUUAGAAAAUGUCGAAAAAUCACCAGAAGCUCAACAGGUUUUGGCUAGUUGGGGACUACAUCUAGAAAAUGAUUCUUUAUUGAUGUCCGGAAGACAAUUGGAUAACGAAAUCAUUUACUUUGGGAAUAAUCAAUGUAAAACAAAUGAUAAUUGUGAUUGGUCCAGAGCUGCUUCAGAUUAUCAGGUAUCUGGUCCAGUAGACAUGAACAAUUGGAUAGUUUUCUUCACCGAUAAAGAUAAGAAGUACGCCAAUGAGUUUUGUGAACUGAUGUGUAGAUUAGGAAAAGUAAUGGGAUGUCGUAUAAGGCAACCACAACAAAUAAGAUUACCCGAUGAUCGAUCCGAAACUUACGUAAAAAUAUGUCGAGAACACAUCAGUAGAAAAACGCAGAUUGUAGUGUUCAUCUGUCCAAACAUGAGGAACGACCGUUAUUCUAUCAUUAAAAAAAUUUGUUGUUCUCAAAUACCCGUGGCGUCUCAAGUUAUAAAUUCUAGGACGUUAUCGAAUCCGCAAAAGGUCCGAUCUAUCGUACAGAAAAUAGCGUUGCAGAUGACUUGUAAAUUAGGCGGAACACUUUGGACAUUGCGAUUUCCUUUUAAGGGAUGGAUGAUAUGUGGUGUUGAUGUUUAUCACAGUAGACCGGAAGGAACUUCUGUUUGUGGAUUUGUGGCUAGUCUCGAUGAAAGUAUUUCAAGAUGGUUUAGUGUUGCUACAUUCCAAGAAAAAGAACUCAGUGAUCACAUGCGAAUAGCUUUUAAGAAAUUAUUAGAAGCUUGGUCGAAAGAGAAUCGUUGCUUCCCAAAAAACAUUGUGAUAAUUAGAGAUGGUGUCGGUGAUGGUCAAUUAGAUUAUUGUAAACAAUAUGAAAUAGAACAAAUAGAACAAGUAUUACGGGAACUAGAAUUAGAUAUAAAAAUAUGUUUUAUCAUUGUACAGAAGAGGAUAAAUACCAGAGUGUUUUCAGUUAAUCGAGACGGCAACUUUGGAAACCCUCUACCCGGUACGAUCUUGGACCAUUCAGUGACAAGAAGUUAUUUGUGCGACUUCUUUUUGGUACCUCAGAAUGUGCGAUACGGAACUGUAAAUCCCACGCAUUAUAUCGUUUUAUACGACAGUUGUAAUUUAAAACCGGAUCACAUACAACGAUUAUGUUACAAACUGUGUCAUCUAUAUUAUAAUUGGUCUGGUACGAUUCGCGUACCAGCGCCUUGUCAAUACGCACACAAAUUGGCUGCGUUGGUGGGGCAACAUAUCAAGCAAUUACCGAGCUCUACAUUAGCGGAUACAUUAUUUUAUCUUUGAAUUUUUGUAUUGUAACAAGUUAACUCUUUCGUUACGGAAUUUAUCAUGUAAAUGUUACUUACGUUUCAAUUAUGACUAUGGGAUGUUCGAACACGCCUUUUUAAUUUUUUUAGCUUUAGUUUUUUGGCAAGGAACGGGACUAAUUUUUCUUGGUACAAUUUAAGAAUAAUAUAUCAAAAUUGUUUCUUAAUGAAUGAUCCUAACACUUCCAAAUGGGAGGUUUGAUUGAUACUCUAACCCGAGGCAACAGAUUCUGCAUGAACUACGCAUUUGAUAACGUCUUCCAUUGACUGUUGCUUUGAUUCUGGGUAAUAACCACAGAAUAUUGACUCAUCAUCAGUAAUAUCUUUGAUGGAUCAAGCUGUUUUUUCAAAGUACAACAUGUUCAAACUCCAUCUACUUUCUGAUUAUCAGGAACACUACGAGGAACAAACCUCGCAGCAAUUAUUUUCAUUCCCAUAUCUUCAGUUAAAAUUCUCUGAAUAAUGUUCCAAUAUAACCACUACUCACUGAUAGUUGAUCAUUUUAUCAUUCGACCGUCUGUGAGUACAUGGUUUCCAUUUUUUCCCAACAUUCUUUUCGAUUCUAACAGUUGAUAGAUAUCCACAACGAGGUUUGUCGUUAAUCUACAUGUUGCCAUUUUUAAACCAUGUACACUUGGGUUUUUUCUAUGUAAGCUGUUUUCAACAUUAGAACAGUAGCAUUUUUAAUGAGUAGACAACAAAAUUUGCUCUGCUCGUAGAAAUGCUAUUUCCUUUAUUAUUGGGUCCUUGUAUUAUAUAUAACAAUUGAGAAAACGGAACUUCUGCCAUAACCUUUAUUCCUCUUUUUAUUGGCUUCAAUAUAAGAUCUAUUCAGGGAUAAUCUUCCUUUAAAUUAUGUCAUUCGAUUGACCGAUAAGAAAUUGAGGUUUUAGCUAUCUGGAAAAUAACAUGUGUAGUAUGUUUUUCAUGUUUUUGCUGGUAUUUUAAGAUGGUUAUAUAAUAAGGCCACACUUAACACAGUUUCGUCUUAGCGUUGUAUUAUUUCACCCCUGGGUUUACUCUAAAUUGUGCUAAAAGGAAGCAUUUUUAUCAUUUUGAAUAUUUGUUAACAUUAUUGUUAGUAAAAAUUUAUUAAUAUAACUAUUAAUAUAGUGACAAAUAUUAUGAUCUUUAGUUUUUAUCAUGGGUGAUAAUGAAAAACAAGAAAAUGAAGCAACCAUCAUUAGAUCCUGGUCAUGGACAACAGCAACUACGUCAAGCUCUCCAACUAACAUUAUUUGUUCUAGAAUCAACUUCAUAUAGGAAAUGGAAAAACGACUAUCUAUAUGGAUUGACGACAAAAUUAAGCACAAUAUGUAUGAAUAAGCUAAAAGAAUUUUCAACUACAUUCAUGCUGAGACAGGUGACUUAAGUCAAAUUGGUUAAAUAAAUUUAAGCAUUGAAAUAACCUUCACAACAUAAAGAAUACAGGAGAAGCAGUACGUGGUGAUACGAAACCAGCGGCUUAAUUCCCAUAAAAAAAAAUAAUUGAACAAGGAAUGUAUCACCCGGAAUAAGUUUUUAAUGUUGAUGAAACAGGCCUGUUGUGGAAAAGAAUGCAAAAACGAGCAUUUCUAUAUCGUGAAGAGAAACGAGCACCAGGAUUUAGAGCAGCAAAAGAUCGCUAAACACUUAUACUGGAUGGUUACGCAAGCGGAGAUUUCAAAUUUACACCACUACUACUUUACCACUACAAAAAGAGAAAUCAUAGAUAACUAUGAAAAUUUUCCAGGAUUGGUUCAUUGAAUAUUUUUGCCUGUCUUUUAAAUGUUAUUGUGGAAUUAAAAAACUUGAACAAGAAGCAUUACUAUUAAUUGAUAAUGCUCCAUAACACAACUGCCUUACUCCAACCAAUGGACCAAGGCGUUAUAUUCAAUUUUAAGGCUUAUUACUUGGACAGAAGAGAAGCAAUCAAUAAAAGAAUUUCGGAUAUAUAAUGUUAUGAAUGCUGUGGAAAACAUAAACCUUUCUUGGAAUCAUAAGCAUGAUCCAAAAUUUGUAUCAAUGCAGUAUCUUCAACUCCACUUGAAGAAAUCGUCGCUAGAUGGUUGUACAUACGUUUUAGCUAUAUCACUUCCAUCACUGUCUUGAAAUGGAUCUAAUUCUUCUUCAAAAUCAAUGUUAUCCACAAGAUCUUGGAGCUCUUUGUCUAACAAAGGCUUAUCUAUUCUAAAACGAAAAUUUUUAAUAUAUAGAUUAUUCAGUACUGAUGGAACAUAUAAGUUCCCUUUUUUUUUGAAAAGACGAAAACUCAAAAACUAUUGCUGCACACUAAAGUAAAAUAAAAUUAUAAAUAGCUUACUUGACAAUUCCGAGCACAGCACAUAUAAAAACACAGUAAUACGUGUGACACGUGUCUGCUGUUUACUAGCAACAUCUACACUGACAAAAUUUUAUAGAAAAGCAAAAAGCCGCUACAAACAGCAACAAAGUAGAGAGGGCUGGACUUGUUUAUGAGCCUAUGACCGUACAGUAUUAAAAUCCCAGAUCCUAAUGCAUUUGAAAGCAUUUAAAUCACUUUAGUAAAAUUAGAAAUUCACUUAAUACGUCCCUACAGUAUUGAGAAGAUUAAAUGUAGCAUGUGGUAAAAUGUGAUUUUUCUCUCUCUGAAGUUUCAGUGUGAUCAUCUUCUGCUAUGUCAUUUUGUUGUUGUCAUUUUCAUUUCAUAUCCUUGUAUAUCAGAGUCAAAUCUUCAUAAUUAUACUUUGAUUCCAAGGAGAAAACGGUUCCACUUCAGAGAAAUUAUCAUGAGCUGUUUCUAUUUCUAAGUCCAAAUCUUGUCAUAACUAUAAAACUAUUGUAUCAACUACGGUUGGUACUAUAUUUUAACCGAAAUAAAACUACUACCUGAGAAUAUUAGCAUAAAUAACAGCAAAAACUAAAACUACAAUACUGUAAUAAAAAAAUGAGAUUGUGUGCAUUUUAAUUUUUCAAGGUUUAUAUUUGUCUGUAGAAAGAUGAAUACUUAGCGAGGGCAUUUUUAGGACAAAUAGAAACUUUCCAAUUAUUUUUAACUUUCUUGGGAUAUAUAUUACCGCAGUAACGAAAGGGUUAAAGAAAAUACGGGUAUUAUUUGAACAUUUAUUUAAGUUUCUCAUGAUCUAUUUUUUUGCUCUAUUUACUUCAAUGACUGAUUGUUAAACUGUCUAGUUUACCUUUUUUAUAUUUUUUUAUUAUUAAAAUAGGAAAUUCUAGCAUCUGCUGCCUAGCCUUUAAACCAAUUGAUAACAGUUUAUUUAAACUUGUCAUCAUUUUCCCAGCGCUCUCCACCAAGAAAUUCUCCAAGUUUUAGAAACAGAUAUUGAAAUAGGACUGUAUGUUGGAUAAUCCAGUACUAUUGCAAAAAAUGAGGAGGCCUUGUCGAAAAAUUAUGUUCGGGAAUAGUUCUUUUAUGAGUAAAAUUAUUUUUUUUUAAAUUUCAAAUCCCAAUACUAAUCUUGUUUUUUAUUAAUUUGGAAUUAAGUGCCCCCGUACCCUAUAAAGGACAAUUCAUGGAUUGAGAUUAAGAUAUUAUGAGGGGCUUAUGUUGUGUGCUAAGUGAAGAGGCCUACAUGACUUCCCUUGAUUUCGAUGCUCUCUCGAACACCCAGUUGACAAUAUGUGGACUGGAGUUUCAUCCUCAUCUUUGCAUCUUGACCAUUGAGCAUUUUGCGUGAUGUUCAUCGUCUUGAAAUUCUUUGCCAUUAACCAGUGGCCAGUAAUCAACUCGGUGAUCAGUCUUUUUUUUCGAAUUUGAUGAAACUGGAGAGGGUUUUAGUUUGUUGCAUGCUCGUUGUUUCCAUUCGCUUCCAGCUCUUUUGUUCAUCAGACUUUUAAUGAAACCAUCUGGUACGGGAAAUGGGAAGAGCGGAAGUGUCUCUUGAAAGUACUUUUCAUUAACCCGUCUACUCUUUUAUUUUCUAUUUAUUCAUACCAGGAUAUACUAGUUAAUGAGGAAGACUUGUCAAAAAAAUGACAACGACUCCAUAGUUUGAACCAGAACGUUGUUGUGUCCUCAUGGGAUUUCAAAUCAACAACAAACUGAACAUAUGAUGAAAGUAUCAGAUGGGAAACUUUGACCCCCACAGAAAAAAAAACUAAAGGUGUCAGGUUUGAUAAUCGGUCUCUCCCUUCAAUUGAAUCUGAUCAUACAAUUCCUCCACCAUGAUAUUCUUCAUCCAAAUGUCG